AUGCAUGAGGAAGAAAUAUACACCUCUCUUCAGUGGGAUAAUCCAACACCAAACCCUUGCCAGAAACGUCCAUCUUCCACCAAAUGUUCAGGAACAUGGUGUCUUGUGAUUGUGAUUUCAUGUGUUUUCUGCGUGGGCUUAUUAGCAACAUCUAUUUUCUUGAGCAUCAAAUUGUUCCAGGUGUCUGCUGUUGCAACGAAGCAGCAAGAAAAACUCAACCAACAGGACAGAGAAUUGUUAAACUUCAUACAGUGGAAGAGAAACCAUGCCCUUCAGAUGAAAUACUGCCAAACCUUGAUGCAAAGCUCUUUCAGUUCAGCUUAUAACUGCAGUCCUUGUCCAGACAACUGGAUUCAGAAUGGAAAAAGUUGUUAUUAUGUCUUUGAAAAUUGGAAAAUUUGGCACACCAGUGAAGAGGAUUGUUUAAAGGAGGGCUCCAAUCUUCUACAAAUAGACAGCAAAGAAGAAAUGGAUUUCAUCACUGGAGACUUGAGGAAGAUCAAGAGGGGCUAUGAGUACUGGGUGGGGCUGUCUCAGGACGACCUCAGCAGACCUUGGCUUUGGCAAGACGGUUCCCCUCUCUCUCCUGACCUGUAA